GGCUCAUAGCACUUAGUAGUAGGUACGCCUCAAAUAUGUGCAUUGUGUAGUACUAUCAUCGUAGUUCAAGAACACAUAUCGUCGGUUUCAAUUUAGUGGUAGCUAAAUUUGAACGUUCGGAAACAUGAAUAACCUAUUUAAGAGUUUAGUGCUUUGUAUUGUUGUUGUAUCCAUAAAAGCCUCUAUGCCAGUAACCGUUUACUACGAAGCGUUAUGUGGAGAUAGUGUUCAUUUUAUCACUCGACAACUAUAUCCCAACUACCAAUUUGUCAAAGAUAAAAUUACCCUGGAUUUUGUGCCCUAUGGAAAAGCCUUGCACACUUAUAAUUCUACGACUGAUCAUUACACAUUCACGUGCCAACACGGAAAAGAAGAAUGCUUGGGUAAUAAAUACCAAGCUUGCGGGCUAGCCCAAAUUGAUAACCCGGACACAAAACUUGAAUUUGUUGUGUGCGUUAUGUCAGCAUACAAUCCUGGAAAACUAGAAUAUGUCAAAGCAUGUGCUGAACGAUAUCAAGUAGACUACCAUAAAUUGGUUUCCUGUGCACUAUCAAGAGAAGGAGACAAACUUUUAGCCGCUCAUGGAGAUAGAACUCAGGAAUUGGAACCGAACCUAUACUUUGUACCGACAUUAGUACUUAAUAAUAGUAUUGUCAUUAAUUCUGAUGAUCAAGAUGAGUCUCGACAAGAUUUUAUGGGUUUUUUGUGUACCAGAUUGCCUCAUAAACCAGACAUAUGCAACGAUAACACAAGCCUAUUCAAAAAGGUGAAGAAUUUUCUCUUCUGAAAUACUUUUUGCCUAUGUUUGGUCUGGUGCUACUUUCUAUCUAUCUAUUGCAUAGGAGGGUGAUUUUUUUGUUGCAACAGUAAAAAUACAGACAUUAAGUAUGAAACAAUUUUUAUUUCGCAUGUGAACAAAUUAGAUCUUUUAUAUUUAAUUUAUUUUUUAUAUUGUUUGAAUCUAGUCAUUUUAUGUAAUCAUCUGUUGUUUUCGGCUUUGCCGUACCUAAUACCCAUACUUCUAUUACGAAAUAAAUAAUUUGAAUAUAAUAAUAAAAUUAA